AGUCAAACAUUGCUCUAGUAAACCGAGACGACGGUAUUCUGGUGAACUAUCGGAUAGAAACAUCUACACGGUGGUUUACGGUAAUUUAUCCCAUGAUUCUUUUCUGCCAAACGCUAUGCUUUGUUUAUAUCUACAUAAACACCAAAGGCACCGCAACGCCAUUGUUUGAGGUAGAAAUAAACAUCUAUAUUAAGACAUUAAUAGCGUUGCCGGGCCAAAGGGCGAGUAUUUAUAUCUUUAAAGUGUCCCGUAAAAGAUGGACAUCAUGAAUACCGCCGAAUUUCAGACACACUUGACAGCCAUAAUGGAAACGUUAGCGAAAACGGCUGUUGUGGAAAUAAGCAAACUUUUGGAGGAGAAUGCGUCUUUUCUGCGAUUAGAGUUUACACGGUUUACAAGCGAAAAUGAAUCUCUGAAAAAGAAAUGUCAUUUUCUGGAGAACGAACUUCAGUCAGCACGGAAAAGCGCUGGAAAGAUGAACGGGUCACCAGCUCCAUUCAACCAUCCGGGACUUACAGACACUGGACAUCGUCCUGCAAUUGACAAUGUCUUUGGUAAGGAAUGGUGCAUGAACCUCUGGAGACACGAGGAGUCGCAUGCUGGUGAGCAGGACACACAUCUGGACUCUCCAGUCAUCAUAGGAGAGCCAGUAAACUUGCUGGAAGAAGAACCGGACAUGAUCAUGAUCAAGGAGGAGGCAUUUGAAGACUGCUCUUCAGGAAUAAAUGAGGAAGACCAAGAUAAUCAAAGUUUGAAAGGCACAGUCCAAGAGGAAAUUAAAAAAAUUAUCCCAGAGUUGGACCUAAACAAACUUCAGAAAGUGGUCAAUCAUCUUUCAUUAGUGGUGGGUGUGGAGAAGACCGAGGACCUUUCCCUAGUAGAGGUGUCCGAUCUUCAGGACUUUCUGGAGCCAAUACAGUGUCGAAAACUUGUGAAAACAUUCAAACAAAGAGAAUCCAACGGUCAAGUGGAUGGAACACCUAACGAGAUGAUGCUCACUCCGUUAUCAUCAAACGAGUCCCUUCCUGAACAGCCCUUCAUUCCUUCAUUCAUCAAGUCCAACUGGCUCAGAAGUUUCCAGGUUCCCUGGAACCGCAUGCCAGCAGCUCUCGCUCAGGCCACGUCCACUGGAGAGAGAGCUCGACCAGGACCGAGAAGGGAGUUUGUUAGGAUCGUGGUGGCAGCCAUGCAAGCCCACUGUCCAAACCCAAACUUAGCCGCUUGUGGGGAAGUGGCACGAAACAUCGUGUCUGCAUAUCCCCUGACAUUCGGAGACAUUUCUGAGGAAGGAGAACAACUAGGAAAUGGCUUCAGUUGCUUACAAAGACAACUAAAAACUAGGGUAGAACAUGUGAAUAGAGAUGUUAUGGAACACAGGAUUCGUCGACCUAGAAGACCAUCAGCGAAAAGACCUGGACUACAGGACAACUACAUGAGGACAAAAGUCAGAUGUAAAGUGGACAGUUACGGAUGCAUCAAUUGGCAGCCAUCUUCCAUCCCAGAAGGAGAGACGGCAGAAUCUCUUGAAAUGAAGAGGAAGGUUGCGGCAGAGAUUUUUCAGUCUGCAGGCCCAAAGGCUGCCGAGUUGCCCAACGUAGAUGACUUAAUGCAGCAGACGUAUGUUUACCAGCGCCACAUGAUCAACUCAUGCCCCCCUCCUACCAUCAGUGAGCUUGAGGGGCAUUGGCCGUUCCUGUUCACCGAAAGAGGCCUCUGCAGGCACUUCAAAAUCCUGACUGGGAUUGACAUCAGAAGCCGCUUUAACGAAACUCUUUUUGUUAAAUCCAAGAGAAUACUGAACUAUUUCAGCAGACAGAGACUGAAGUGGAGUGAAGAGAUCCAGAGUAUGCUAAGUGAGAUCGAUGCCGCCAAUGCAACAGAUAAUAACAAGACUGCCAUGUCAGCCAUCCUGUUGAUGAUGAAAUACUUUAAGGAAAAGGACAACGCGGUGUUCAUCUUAGCAGAUGAAAACUCUACCAAGACGUCCAUCGAAAAUGAAAUGAGCUUACCGGCAACGCCCCGGCUCAUCAUGCUUGGUGAGACAUUGCUGACUUCAACCAAGUGGUUUGUCAGUAUUGAGGGCAGAGUAACACAUUCUUUAGACGACCAGCUGGACUUUGCAGCGGCAUUGUCUGUGUUCUUUGGGUGCUUCUACGUUUUUAAUAUCGAGUACGAGGAGUCAGCCAGCACCACCCUGGAGCUCAUUCAGAGGUUCUUCGUAAGGAUUAAUCCUGAGGGGACUAAAUGUACCUCAAAAUCAGGUAUAAGCCGAAGGACGGGUUCAGCUGUCCAAAGGAAACCCCAAAACUUUAAUACCCGCGUGGCUACGUUUAUGCAGAGGCUUUCAGAAUUCGAGUGGAAAACAAGUUAAAAUUGUCUUCAUGCUGGCCCUGCUCUGAAUACUACUACUACUACUGCUACUAUGAUAAGUUACUACUUAAGUGACAAUUUUUCACCUUGCGAUACCUUCUUUUUUUAACUUUGUUAUUACUUGUACUGUUCUAUUUGAAUGUUGCUGUAAUGUUUAUACUAAAUAUUUUAUUACGGUCCUUUAAGUCAUUCAUGCAACAAUAAAAAAUGUAUCAACUACAUUUUUUUUUUUAAAGGAAUAAUAUGAUUACAGUGAUACUAUAAUGUCGUGGUACUACUUAAUACAAUAGCUACAAGUAGAUUACAGCAGAUUUUUGUAUUGUGUAUUGCUUACUGUAAAUAAGUAAUCAAAACAGUACUGUAAUUGCAGGAACCUGCUGAUAAAAAUAGAAGUCUUAACAGUGUACUUUUAAAUGAGCAGAUUCAACCCGAAAAGCAAACCUAUUGAAGAUGUUUUGCACACGGAUCCAGCCUAAUUUGAAACCUGAAGCCGGACGUCGUCCUGCAAUUGACAAUGUCUUUGGUAAGGAAUGGUGCAUGAACCUCUGGAGACACGAGGAGU